AUGCUGUUCAAACCUGCGACGCCACUUACUAUUCUCCUGCUCAUCGCCUUUGCCCUUCUGGUGCUGUCGGUCAUUUCGACUCCCAUUGUUAAACAGAUUCCCUUGGCGUCCUUUGACAAUGUCGACUACGGAGUCUUUGGCUACUGCAAGGAUGGCGUAUGUACGGAUAUUCAUAUUGGAUACACCAGCAGUGAUAUAUCCAAUACCGCGAGCAAUGACUUCAAUCUUCCGUCCGGUACUCGAAGGUCGCUCUCGUCCAUUCUGAUCGUUCACCCCGUCGCCGCCUUCCUCACCCUCAUCUGCCUCUGUCUAGCAGCUGCCGCUCAUUUCCAUGGCCCGUCGCAUUCGCCCCGGUACCUAUUGGCUUUACUGAUCCUUCUGCUCCCUACGCUCCUGGUCAGUCUUCUCGCUUUCCUCGUCGACAUCUUGCUCUUCGUCCCGCAUCUGCAUUGGGGCGGGUGGAUUGUGCUGGUCGCAACCGUCCUUCUUGUCGCUUGUGGUGUGGUCACCUGUGCUAUGCGUCGUACUCUGGUCAGUCGGAAGGCAAGGAAGAGGCGCAUCGCAGAAAAUGCCGAAAUGAGCGGCGAAAACUACUACAACCGCCAGAACGCGGCCGCUGCGGCACUCGAUACCAAACCGGAAAUGAAUGGCGAUACAAAGGAAGCGUAUGUGACCGGUGCGCCUACGGCUGAUGGCCCGACGUUUGCGACUUUCCGCACCAACACCCGCGAGAGCGACGAUGACCAGACUCCGCUCAAUUCACGAACCCCUGCACCUGCCAACGACUACCCGCUCCCCGACCAGCCCCCGCGCGGAAUGCCCUACAGCGCCGCCCGUGAUGAAGUCGGUAACCCUCUGCCUCCCUCUGGCCCAUACGCUGCUGCCGCUGGCCGAGGACGACCUACUGAUCCUCGAAUGAACGGUGGCCCGCCGCCUGGAUUUGGUUCGCGUGGACGAGGUGGCUAUCCUCCAAGAGGCGCUUAUGGUCGCGGAGGUUACGGCCCACCCCGAGGAAGAGGCGGUCCCAUGGGCCCUAUGCGCGGUGGUCCAGCUAUGAGAGGGCGAGGUGGUUAUCGCGGUCCGCCACCCGUUGACUACGGCUACGAGGCUUACGGAGCCGUGCCACGGACUCAUCCUACUCCUCCCCCAGCGGAGUAUCGUGGAACCUCGCCUGUUUAUCGCCAACCGUCUCCGGGUCCCAUUGGUAUGGCUCUGUCGGCGGACGGAGGUCCAGUUGGUCAAGCCAUUGAGAUGACACCGCAACCGAGACGCUCCCCAGGGCCUGAUCAAGUUCAUGCGUUGUCCGUUGAUGGGUAUCCAGAGCCUACGAGUCCUUCUAGUUUCUAUAGCAGGACACCAUCAACCUACGUUCCACCACGCGCAGGCUGGACCCAACCCGAUAACCGUCUCGGUCCCUCACCUUCCCCGGUUUACGAACAUGCCAUUCCCGAGCCACUCCGCCCAGCCCAGUCACCUGUCCACGCAUACGGACCGCCCAAUGGCGCACAACAUGCGCGUAAUAACUCGGCAGAUUACUAUGAAGAUAUGGACCCAGAGUUUGCAGAAAGUCAACCGGCAGUGUCUGCACCACCGGUCGCAGCGCUGCCGUCUGCACUGAUGCCAGGGCCUGCUGGUGAGCCUAAACCGGUUGAAGAUAUCCCUGAGGCACCUGGCUCACCUACUGCUAGCGAAAUGAGUCACUUUACUUCUAUUUCACAGCGACCUGUGAACCCGCGGUGGCAACCUCCUAUGCAGCCAGCUCAGCAGCGCACCAACAUGCUGUUGGAAGGCAACCCGGAUUUUGAUCUGAGCGCUGGUCGACGGCGAGGAGGUACCGGCCCGGGAGGUCGAAUGCCCACUUUGUCCACGCUUCGGGAGGUUACAAGAUACCCAGUUCCUUGA